AUGCCUUGGCCUACCAGAAUUGCCCGCCAAUUCCAAAUCAUUCCCGAGGGGUCUGGGGAAAUGGACCUUCACGGCCCCUAUAACAAGCUGCUUAACUACAUGUUCUCUCCAACAUCCGAGUACACCGUCAUUCCGCGAUCCUCGUUUUCGAUAACAGCGAAGGAUCGUCCAAAUCCUGAGACAGGAAAACCGCCAGAGCUCGCCUUCAUGCUUUUGGAAAUUCAGUACGAGAACCUGCCGGUGCUCCUGUUUCUGAUCACGGCGCCAGCGGUGGUAGAGUCGCCACUCGCGAGGGAAAUGGCGGACGCUCAGAUGCGGGGCCAGCUGAUGUCACUUGCUGGCCUCUGUCCCCUUAACACUUUACGCGGCAUCAGCGCCUUCGGAACCAAGCUUUGCUUCUUCACUGUUGAUACCAACGCGGAAAAACCAGAAGUCCAACCCGCUGCUAUUCUCCGCGAAUCGGAAAAGGGAAUCGAGGAUGUGGCACCGAGAGAUCGUUGGACGAAGGAUCUCUUAUCCAAGGAAGGUGCAUCCGAGUUAAUGGAGCUCGUCGAAAGCAUUAAGAGAGAAUGCGACACAGAGACAGGUAGCGCGGAUGAUUUUAUGGCACAAAAUUAG